AUGUCGCACGCCGCUCCGCCUCCGGGCUACCAGCCCAAGGGCUACUCGGCCAUCCCUCAGUCCGAGCCUCCCGCCGGUGUCCCCGCCGCCGGCGCCUCGUCGUCGACCGACAAUCUGUUUGACCAGCCCCGCUCCGAGGACGACAACGACCCGGACGACUUCAAGUACGGCGUCACCGUCGAGCAGAGCUCGCCCGAGAUCAGGGCCAUGUUCCUGCGCAAGGUGUACAGCGUCCUCUUCUUCCAGCUCCUCGGCACCACCGUCGUCGCCGCCAUCAUGACCACCAAGGGCGUCGCCGGAUGGGUGCAGCAGAACCAAUGGGCAUUCGUCGUGCCCCUGAUCGGAUCGCUGGUGACCAUGGGCGUCCUCUACUGGAAGCGCCACUCGCACCCGACCAACAUCCUGCUCCUUGGCCUCUUCACGCUGCUCGAGUCCGUGUCGCUGGGCACCGUCAUCACCUACGUCGACCAGAAGAUUGUCCUGCAGGCCAUGGUCAUCACGGCCUUUACCUUCCUCGGCCUCACCCUCUUCACGCUGCAGUCCAACUACGACUUCAGCUCGCUGGGAGGAUGGCUCUUUGGCGGCCUGAUGGUCCUCGUUGGCGCCGGCUUCGUCUCGAUGUUUUUCCCCUACAACUCGACCUUUGACCUCGUCACCGCCAUCGCCGGCUGCGCCAUCUUCUCGCUCUACAUCGUUUACGACACCUGGCUCAUCCAGCGCCGCCUCUCGGCCGAGGAGUGGGUGCUCGCCAACCUCUCCCUCUACCUCGACAUCAUCAACCUCUUUAUCUCGGUCCUCCGCGUCCUCAACGGCACCCAGAACGACUGA